AUGCUGCCUCAAGACGAAACCAAUCAAUGCGUCGUUUUACGCGAAAAGAACAACAUUGUUAUUGAAAACAGACCAAUUCCCACCUUGAACACCGGCGAAGUACUUAUCAAUGUCAAGGCCACUGGCAUUUGUGGUUCGGAUGUACACUAUUGGCUCCAUGGUGGUAUUGGUUCAUUCCAACUCAAAGCACCUAUGAUUUUGGGACAUGAAUCUGCUGGUAUUGUGGCAGCUGUUGGAGAAAAUGUAAAGCACUUGAAGGUUGGUGAUCGUGUUGCUUUGGAACCUGGUGUAGCAUGUCGUAUGUGCGAUCAAUGCAAAUCAGGUCGUUACAACUUGUGUCCGGAGAUGGCCUUUGCUGCCACUCCCCCCAUUGAUGGCACCUUGUGCAACUACUACAAGCACGCUGCCGAUUUUUGUUUCAAGCUUCCAGACCACGUGUCACUUGAAGAAGGUGCAUUAAUUGAACCUCUUUCAGUGGGUAUUCACGCUGCUCGCCGCGCCAACAUUACUGCUGGUGAUCGUGUUAUUAUCUUUGGUGCUGGUCCUGUGGGUUUAUUAUGUGCUGCUGCUGCUAAGGCUGCUGGUGCCGGUCAUGUUACUAUCACUGAUUUGGUGCCUUCGCGUCUUGAGUUUGCAAAGACCUAUUGCACCGAUUCUCAAGUUUUACUUCAACGUCCCAAUCCUGGUGAACCCAAUAUGGAUUACGCACGUCGUAUGGCAGCUGCCAUUCUCGAGACCGAAGAGCUUGCCGAUGCUGUGAUUGAUUGUACCGGUGCAGAGACUUGUGUCCAAAUGUCGGUAUUGCUUUCUAAAAAUGGUGGUCAGGUCGUAUUGGUUGGUAUGGGAUCUUCUGUUCAAGCCUUGCCGAUCUCUGAAAUUUCUUCACGGGAGGUGGACAUCAAAGGCAUCUUCCGUUAUUGUAACACUUAUGGUACUGCUGUCAAGAUGCUUGCAUCAGGUAGUGUGGAUGUCAAACCCCUGAUCACCCACUCUUAUCCCCUGCAAGAUGCUGUCAAGGCAUUUGAGCAUGUCAAAGAAGGUCGUGAUGGUGCCAUCAAAGUGCAGAUCUUAGGUUAA